AUGAAUGGAGUUUAUAAAGGUAAAAAAAGGCGAUUUGAUCAAAUCAGUAAAGAGAAUGAUACUAAUUAUAAAGAUCAUGAAGAAUAUCAAUAUAAAAAGCUUCGAAAAGCAUUACAAGAUAAUUCAAAACAUAGGUACUUAAAUGAGGGUAUAGAAGAAGAAGGUAAAAGCAAGUUAAGAUGGUGUGAAGUUUGUGAAGUUUGCAAUCGUGAAGGUCAUAAUGCACGAACUUGCUCAAAUAAAAAACGUCUAAAUUAA